GGGGAGCUGUCACCCACCCUCUGAUCCGAGGGAUGUAGUUCUCCGCCGAGGACGUCUCCGUGCCCAGCGUUCUCCCCACAAGCACACAAGCCACCUUCUCCAGUUGUUGUUGUUGUUUGACACCCCCCCCCCCCCUUCUCAUCCCGCGAAGACGAUGGAGACGAGCCCCAUCCCGGUGGUGACGGUCCAAACCACCCCCUUCGACGACCAGCGCCCCGGUACCAACGGGCUCCGGAGGAAGACGACCGUGUUCGAGGGCAAGAAGAACUACCUGCAAAAUUACAUUCAGAGCGUCCUGUCGUCCAUGGACCUGCGGGACCGGCAGGGCUGCACGAUGGUGGUGGGCAGCGACGGACGCUACCUGAGCCGCGGGGCCAUCGAGGUGAUCGUCCAGAUGGCAGCCGCCAAUGGGAUCGGUCGCCUGGUAAUCGGCCACAACGGCCUCCUGUCCACCCCUGCUGUCUCCUGCAUCAUCAGGAAGAUCAAAGCCAUCGGGGGAAUCAUCCUCACAGCCAGUCACAACCCCGGAGGCCCCGGAGGAGACUUUGGUAUCAAGUUUAACGUAGCUAACGGAGGCCCAUCUCCAGACACGGCGAUGGAGAGGAUCCAUCAGGUGAGCCGCACUCUCGAGGAGUACGCCAUCUGCCCCGACCUCCGCAUUGACCUCUCCAGACUGGGACGGCAUGACUUUGACCUUGAGAACAAGUUCAAACCUUUUCGAGUGGAGAUUGUGGACUCUGUGGAGGUGUACCUCCAACUGCUGCGAAACAUCUUUGACUUCAGUGCCAUCAAAAGUCUCCUGACGGGACCGGAGCAGCUGAAGAUACGCAUCGAUGCUAUGAAUGGAGUGAUGGGCCCUUAUGUCCGUAGGAUCCUAUGCGAUGAGCUCGGGGCCCCCGCUAACUCCGCCGUCAACUGCGUCCCCAUGGAGGACUUCGGGGGCCGGCCCCCCGAGCCGAACCUGACGUACGCCUCUUCGCUGGCGGAUGCCAUGAAGGGAGGCGACUUUGGCUUGGGCGCCGCCUUCGACGCAGAUGGGGACCGCUACAUGAUUCUCGGCGAGAACGCCUUCUUCGUCAACCCAUCAGACUCCGUUGCCAUCAUGGCCGCCAACCUCUCCUGCGUGCCCUACUUCCGACAGUUAGGCGUUAAGGGCUUCGCCAGGAGCGUGGCCACCAGCGCUGCGCUCGACAGGGUAGCCAAAGCCAUGAAACUGGCACUGUACGAGACUCCUACCGGUUGGCGGUACUUCGGGAACCUGAUGGACUCCGGUCGCUGUUCCCUCUGUGGGGAGGAAAGCUUCGGGACAGGUUCAGACCACAUUCGGGAAAAAGACGGCUUGUGGUCGGUGCUGAUGUGGCUGUCAAUCAUGGCCGCUCGAAAGCAGAGCGUGGAGCAGAUCGUCCGAGAGCACUGGGCCAAGUUUGGCCGCAACUUCUUCUGCAGGUUUGACUACGAAGGCCUGGAGCCGCGCGCUGCCUUCUACCUGAUGAGGGAUCUGGAGUCGGUCAUCUUGGACAAGGCGUUCAGCAGCCAGAAGUUUGCCGUGGGAGAUCACGUGUACAACGUGGAGCGGGCCGACAACUUCGAGUACAUCGAUCCGGUGGACGGAACGGUGGCGAGAAACCAGGGUUUGAGAAUCAUCUUCAGCGACGCGUCCCGUUUGGUGUUCCGGAUGAGCGGAAGCGGCGGCGGCACGGGCGCCGUCAUCCGGAUCUACGCUGAGAGCUUCGAGAGGGAUCCCGAGAGGCACGGCAGAGAGACGCAGGUGGUGUUGGGUCCUCUCAUCGCCAUCGCGCUCAAGAUCUCCAACAUCCACGAGAGGACGGGACGCCGCGGCCCAAACGUCAUCACAUGAGUGGAAAACACCACAAAAAAAAAACAAAAAAAACAUUUUUAAUGCUGACAGAAAGUGCCUAGAAAACAGCCAUCCUGGUCCCCAUAUAUAAUUUUUAAAAUAUGAUUUCUCUAAAUGGCCUCGAUCAAGUCUCAAUUGCAACAGGGAGUUUUUUUUUCAUACUGUAAUGCAUAAAAAUGUGCAAAAAAGCCCUAUGAAUGCACAUCUGCAUUUAUUUGUUUUAUGCAGUUGUUUAGCAUAAAUGAGGAAUUAUGAACCCACCUUGCUGAGACACCCCCCAUCACCCCCCCACCCCAGUUUGUUUGUUGUAUGUGUCACAAUAAAACACUUUAAUGUAAAGCCAAGCAAGCGAUGCAUCACAGCUAAUAAAUUCUCGUGAAAUCA